AUGAAGAAGCAUACAGCAGGAUAGACACCAUAAUCUUUGUGCAAUUUAGAAAGCGCUUUUGACGAUGAGCUAGAGGUUGAAGAUGAAGAUUCUGAGUAGCAAAGACAAAAUAGAAUUCAAAUGUUAUAGAAUUAGGAUAAGUUUUGGACAAGCUGCUUAGCAAAGUAAAACAAUAAUAGCGAUCCCCAACAGUCUAAAGGCGCAAAACUUUAUCAAGAAUAGCAUUAAAUAUCAAUCAGCCCAGAAAAUUACGAUAACUAUUUUAAAAAAUACAAUGGGAUGUCUGCUAAGUUAAUACUUUUAUAAGAUAUGGAUGAUAGUGAUAGCGAUGACCAUAAGGAAAAUAAAGAUGAAUAACAGCAAGAUGAGUUAAGUUUCAUACGUAAUAUGUCGAUUUAGUCAAUAGAAGAGAGGACAGUACCUAAAAUUAUGAGUAUUAAGCUUGCUACUAUUAAAAGAGAACCAUAUAAAAUAUCAUAAGGAACAGACGAAUUUGAAACUCCAACACCAUGCGAUGAUGAUGAAGAUAAAAAUAUUUCUCACCAUAUGAAGCAUUAUAGCAUGCCUUAGAAAGUAAAUGGAAACAAUAGCCCAUAUUUAUAAAGCUAAGCUGAUUUGAUUAAGAAGUUCAAUUCUGAUAAAAAUAAUUAAGAAAAGCACGAAAGAUUUUAGUCAGUGCCUAAAAAGCAUGUCUAACAGCCUUUAGUUAGCCCAUUUAACCAUUAAAUGAAUACUCCAAGCGGUAAUUUAGAAACUCCUAACGAUGAUUUCAAUAUAAAUGACAGCAACUAGAAUAGCGAUAACUUCAUGAAAGCUUAUUUAGAAUAAUAGUAAUAUCUCUAAUAGUAAGCGCAGUAAAAUGGCUUAGAUCAGAGUGUUAAACUAAAGCAAUUAGCUAUAAACCCAUCUCUCACAUUUGAGGAAAACAGAUAAUAAUCAAUUAGAGAAAUGAUGAAAAGUAAUAGCACAGAGGGUUAUGAUGAAAUAACCCCUUUGUAAAGAUAAUAUUUUGCAAGCCAACACUUUAAAGAAUUGCUUGUAAAAUACAUAUUACCAGAUUUAUUAUCAAGCAAAGAUUUUUAUGACAAUGAGAACUACAUAAUUAUUUUAAAAGACGUAAAGUGGAAUAGAAUAUACCUGAAAAAAUUGAAUAUGUAUUUACAAAUAAGAAUGUUUUCAACGAGGGAAUAAUAUAGUGUUUAUAUGGAUAGCUACUAGAAAAUAGUUACUAAAUUUAUCAAAUUUAUGCCUUAAACAGUCUAUUCUGAUGAUAAAACUUUUACAAUAAUUUAAAAACUAGGUGAUUUUUCUCUUUACGAUCUUUCUAAUCUUAUUUUAAUAGAAGCUAAGUAACAUGAUAAUAUAAAUUACUAAAAGUAUUACCUACAAAUGCUCUCCAACCUAUUUGACUCUCUUAUCUUAAUUUUAUUCCAUAAUUACUACAUUGGUAAUAUAAAUCCUAAGAAUAUUUUUGUCUCCAAAGCUCAAAAUCAGUUUGUUAUCAAAUUCUCCAAUCUAGUGGAUUUCUCAUUCGAUUAUAGCUAAAUAUGUGAUAAAAAUUAUGCCUGUAUAUUUUAGAAAAAGCCAACAGAAAUAGAAAUUUGGUUUAGUGAACUAUAUUCUUGCUGCAGAUGCAUGUAAGAGAUGAUGGAUAGAGAUAAAUAUUAUCUACAAAAGAAGAAUGUGAAGGAGUUUAUAGCCAGACAUAAAAAUAAAUAUUAAAAAAUAAUGAAUAUUUUGUCUUUCUUUUUAUUAAGAAAUGAUUCAAUGAGAAAUGGUGUAAAUUUUGAUGUUAUUCAAUAGUUUAUUCUGAGCAGCUUUGAAGAUUCAGAAAGGAUUAUUCAGCUCUCAGAUAGAUCAAUAAAGCAUAUUCAAUACAUGAUUCAAACAUCUAAAAUGCAUUUGUAUCAAUAAGAACUAGAUUUAAAUAACAAGAUUAUUGAAUAAAAGCUUUUCUUUUUUAUGCAACAAAUACACUUUCACCAAGAUUUUGAAGAUGAUGAAAUUCAAUAUAUAGUUAGAUUUAUCAAUAGAAUGCUCUAUAAGCAUCUCUUUGAUAAAAAUGAGGAGUCUUAAAUAUUUUACCUGCUUUUAGAAAAUUUGAUCACAGAUGCUACUGUCUUUAGGAGAAACAAAAAUCUUCAAAAAACUACUUACAUGAUUUAUGUCUUGUAUUUACUAAAGUGCCCUUCCAAAAUUGAGAAGUGUAUUGCUUACUGGAGAUACAUGAGUCAGACAACUUCUCUUGUUGAUCAACAAAAUCCUAUUUCAUUAUACUAUGUUGGACUAUACAAUCUUUAUCUUUUAGAAAAUCAAAAAGCACUAAAAUAUUUCUAAUAUGCUUACAACUGCAAAGACUUCAGUGAAGAUAUCAUAUUAAAUUAACCAAAAAAUCUAAAUAAAAGAAAUGAAGAAGAAAUAGAUUCAGAAGAAGACGAGAAAGAUAAUAGAAAUAAUUACAUUAGUUAAAAAAGCAAGUCUCCAAUAAUUUCUAGUAAACCUAAAAAGCAUAAUCCUAAAGCCAAAAGACACUCCCUCUUUAGUUAAAAUAAUAACUAAGAUAAUUUCAUUUUGAAAGUUCGUGAAGCUUAUGGAUAUCUAGGACUAUUAAAAUUCACAUUUGCUCAAGAAGGAAAUGCAAAAAGAAUAUAGCAAAUACUGUAUGAGGCAAAAGGAGCAGGUUUAAUCAGCAUCAUAGAAAAGCUCUUACAAAUGGAACUUAAUAUAUCUGCCAACUUAAAGCAAUUCUUUUUAUAAAAAUCAACUGCAAAAUCAUAAUACCCCUUCUUUGUGGAGUAAAUAAUCUAAGUGUCAAGUUUUAAUGCUAAUAAUUUCAUUCAAAUUGGAAAAUCUGUCCAAAACAGUGCCACCUUGACAGAGAGUUUCAAGUCUUAAUUCUAGUAAUAUCAAUCAAACGACAGUCUUGUCUAUCGUUGUUGGAAUUUAUUCUAUGCAUAAACUUAGAUUUAAAUACUAUUAACAGAUAAAGUAGUUGAAGCAAAGAAGAUACCAGGAUUAUCAAAUGAUAAACUUAAAGGAAGAACAAUAGGAUCGUAUAAUAAUCUUGAUAGCAGAGGUUAUAGCAUAGAUAAUUAUUGA